AUGUCGCCCACUUUCUCCUUAAAUGGUGCCAUGUUCACAUUCCAUUGUCUAUCGCCACUCGAGCAAGAAGAAGUGACGACUAUACUCCAGCACCACAAUGGCACGCUAUACGAUGCCACGAAAGUCUCAAGUGCGACUGGUUUUGUUUUCGUGAUUACAAGCUACUGGGCAGAUUGCGAGUACAAUUCAGCGUCACAAAAAUCUGUUCCAACGAUAUUAUUUGAACCAGUGACGCGCUUUUGGCUGCUCGAAACGCUUCGACUGAAGCGAUGGCUGAGACGGGACAGUCACCCGUUUUUCCAGCCACCUCCGAGACCAGUUGAUCUAUGGCUACAAUAUCCAAUGGAGUACCAAGAUGCAAGACAAGUUGAGAAGAAAGUGGGAAUACCAAGGGAGGUUGAGGAGGAAAUGACUCAAAACAAGCCGGAAAGCUGUCAACCUCGAGCAAUUCAUGAUACGGACCAUCGAAUGCGGCUGUCAUGCUCGCCUAAUUUUCUCUUUCGAAACGAGGUGCCGCUGUGGCCUUACAUUUCAGCUUACUUGGCUCAACCUAUUUGCAAUAUGGACGAACUUGCGACGAGAUUGCAUGUUCUUACGCUGUCGGAUCCAAGACGCAGAUUCAAUUGCUUGGAGUAUGCAGUGAACGAGCUACUAACGAGAGAGGAGCAAAUUACGUUUUUCAAAGACGUGCUGCCACAAAUGGCACGUCUGGUGCUGGACUUGCCGCAGAUGUUCCCAACACCACCGCUGCUACUAACGCCGCUGGAAGGGAAUGACCCAACAGAUGAUGCUAUCAGUGACAGCAACGUUUCAACUACGGAAGCUAGAGCUCGCGUGAUGACAAGAAGCUGUCGGUUUUCCAAAUUGGAAGUAUUGACAUUGGUGUGUGGCUGUUUUUUUGGUAUUUUCCCCGAUCAAGACAUUGGAAGGAGCACACCCAGCCGGAAAGCGAAUCGACGCGGCUACGAUACAGGAACUGACGUGAUUCGGUUCCCGUGCUUCACUGCAAUUCGGUUGUUUUCAGCGCCUGGGAACAUGGGCAAGUUGGUCGUGCUCAAGGGUCAAAAGAUUCGAUGUAUCUUGCAAUACUUCUUGCGCGUGGUUCCACUUUCCAUUUCCAAGCGUGAGUUGCUCGAAAAAGAAGUGAUUGACUUCACGCGGAUCGGUGUGCACUUGCCACUCGCACCUGAGCGAAUGAGUGCCGAACAAAUGGCAAAAGAUUUGUUCACGGUUGUGCAAAAUUCCAUGCAACAGGACAAUGGUAAUCAGCCUCGUUUGUACGCUGCGAGGUGUGUAUCGGAUACCCCAAUCGAAGAGUUAGAUUACCAUUUGCAGAUUGAUUUUGCAAACAAAUUUGCUGGAGGUGGAGUGCUCACCUCUGGGUGCGUACAAGAAGAAAUUCGCUUCUUACUUUCACCUGAGCUACUGGUGUCAUGCCUCGUGUUUGCCAAGUUGGAACCUCACGAAGCAUUUGUGAUUCAUGGCACCGAGCGCUAUUGUACACAUGAGGGCUAUGGUGGAUCGUUUGUUUGUCAUGGCAAUUUUGAGGAUAUAACACGCUUCCAAGUCAUGCCGGAUGGGAACAUCCGUCGAAACUGUGUGAUCGUGGGCAUGGAUGCAACUGAUUAUGGGUCCGCGCAGGUGGAACGACAAUAUACUCGUGGUCAUAUAUGGCGUGAGCUGGUCAAAGCUUAUGCCGGUUUUGCUUACCCAGAAGCAAGCAAUGGCGAGCUCAAUUGGCCUGUAGCAAGUGGCAAUUGGGGGUGUGGAGUAUUUAAAGGAGACCGUGAGCUAAAGUUUCUGAUACAAUGGCUCGCAGCAUCCCUGCACCGCCGCGAACUCGUCUACGUUUUAUUCGAGAGUGACUCGUAUCUCCAAACUAUGGUAGAUCCACUAUUGACGCUUGCCACGAGCUCAGCAGCACGUAAGUGUGAAGUACUUCCAUGGCUCAUGGCAUUUCUACUUGACGAGACAAAUUUCGACCGCAAGAUGCGAACCAAAGGGAGUGUGUUAACCCACGCUUUAUGUUCGCUAGAACAAGCGCUGGCGUCGUUUCGAGCUCAAGUUUUAAGUCAUGAAAACGAUCUGCAGUGUACACAAGUGUCCCGAUCGCCUCUAGUGUUGCCAGCAAGCAGGACCAAAGAAUUGUCAAAGAUCGAUUCUUCUCGAAGUCAAGAGCUAAUGAACGAAACAAUGACGAAAAAGUCCAAGACGAUGAAGACGGCGAGUCAUCAGAGCACUUUACGCGAUCAUUUUGUACCCGAAGAGUGA